AUGCAAGGAAGCAGUAGGAGAGUCUCAACAAGAAACACUAAGUCGAGGAUGGAUGAAGCUAGAGGCGGAAUCAAGGUCAUGGCCGGCGCAAAGAUACACAAACACGAUAGCAGUGCGGGCCUCCGGAGGCUGACGAGAAACCAAAGUGACAGUGUCGCCUUCGAGAGGAAAAAAAGAAGCAAUUGUGCACCAUCGGACAAGGAGGAGAAUGGUUUGAUUGGUAGAAGUCCGGUCAAGUUCCGAAAGACCCAGUCGGACUUGUCGAACUCUCCCAAGACUCCGGUUGGGAAUUCGCUCAACAUCGGAGGGGAGGAAGAAGUGCCGACAAUUGGUGAUGACACUGAAGUCGCAGUGGUGAUGGAGGAGGAGGAGGAGGAGGUUGAGACCGAGACAGAGGAGGGAAAGAAGAGCUUUGUCGACAAAGAAAUGGAUCAGCCAGAUGACAAACCGAAGACAGUGCAGGAGGAGGAGGAGGAGGAGGAAGUGGAGGAAGAGAUUCCUGCGCUGUCACAGGAAGAAGAAAAGAAGCAGAAUCUUGUGAGUAUGUCACCAAUGAAUAUUGUAGAAAAGAAGCAGAAUCUUGUGAUGGAUUACAGGGCAAUGAAGCCGGAUCCAGCAGUGAUACCUCAGUUUGAUGCGGAAGAAGAAAUGUUUCAGAGCACCUGCAUCAAGCACAACCGAAUCCAAAGCAUCGAGAAUUUGGUUAUGUGGAGAGAUGUGUCGAGAUCAGCCUUCGUGUUCGGCAUCGGAACCUUCUUCCUCGUUUCGUCUUCCUAUGCCAAGGACAUCAACUUCAGCCUGAUUUCAGCAAGUUCAUAUGUUGGACUUGUCUAUCUUGGAUUUGUUUUCCUCUGUAAGUCCUUUAUGCACAGAGGAGAAACAAUGCGGUAUGGUGAUGGAGAUGAGAGGUGUGUGGUGGGAGAAGACGACGCAAUCUGGCUUCUAAAGAUGCUGCUUCCUUAUAUCAAUGAGCUACUUCUAAAGUUCAGAGGCCUCUUCUCUGGGGACCCAGCAACAACAUUGAAGUUGGCAGCCCUGCUAUUUGUGAUGGCAAGGUGUGGGAGCACCAUCACAGUGUGGAGUCUUGCAAAACUGAUAUUCUUUGGAGUCUUCACCAUCCCAAAAGUGUGCUCUUCCUAUUCCUCCCAGCUGGCAAAGUUGGGCAAGUUUUGGCUGGAUAGGCUUAGAGAUGGAUGGGAGUCGUGCACCCACAAGAGAGCUGCCGCCGCUGCCAUCUUCGCCCUCAUCUGGAACAUUUCCUCAGCUGUUGCUCGCAUUUGGGCAUUCUUCAUGAUUGUGGUGGCUGUGAAGCUCUACCAACAAUGCACAGCAGAACACAGCUGGAAUAACCGGGAGGAGGAGGAGGUGGCAGAGGAAGAGGAGGGACAAGAAGAUUCCAUGGCAGGACAAAACCAGGAACUUGGAUUACACCGACAAAGAGGUGGGCCAACUAGAAAUGAGGUGGAGAGAGUGAAUGUAAAAGUAGAUCUAGGAGAAGAGGCCGGAAAAAGAUCCAAGUGAUGCUGGCAGUCUGACACAGAGGACAGCAGACAGAUCAGGAGAGGAAGGUGGGAGUCAUCUUAUAAUCUUAUCAAGGCAUCUUCUGCACGGUGACGAUUUCUUGUAAUGUGGUGAAGGCAUCUCCAACCGACACAUGCUAUGCUUUCUUAAUCCCUCCCCGCAGUGAAACACCAUGUGCUAUAUCUUAGCCUGAUCUAAUAAUAACACUGUAAUUCCUCUCUGCA